AUGGCCGCCGCCGAUCCUGCAGAUCAACCCGUUGCUCUCCAGGUGAUUCUGCCUGCCCGGCCUGAGGCGAGAUCGAAGCUAACUCAUCACUUGUCGCCGCAGCCCCCGGAACCAAGCGGCCAGAGCACGGACGCCACCACUGAACGCAUGCAUCAGCCUAAGCAGGAGCAUGAGAUCAAGGGAAUCGCUGUCGUGGAUGGUGAGGGUCUGGCGCAGACCUCUCCUGCCAGCGGACAGAGUUCAGAACACACUGAUGUCACCCAGGACGGUGCGACCACAUCCCCACACCACUCGUUAAUCAGCAGCACUGCAGUGCAGGCAACAUCACUCUCGGCUGGGCCGUCUUCUUCCUCGAGCCCCGCGUCAGCGACAUUGACAUCGCCUGCUCCCUCAUCUCUGGAGAAGCAUGUAGAGGAGAAGAAAGAGAAGGAGCAGAGUAGCCCAUCCACUUCCUCCAUCGCGAUGCCAACGAGCAAGCGCCGCAAAGAGACGCACGCAGUCUCCGAGGAAGGCCACACAGCUUCCAGUAAAAGCGAGCGGCGCUCGUCUCUGCGUUCUGGUCGAGCAUCGCUCAAGCGAGUCAAGAAGACGUUCUUGUCGAAACUUGCCCGCAUUUGCUUUCCAUGUGGAAGGUUGUCCGGACGCGAUCAUGAAAUCGACUUGGACGAGGGAGUGACUCGUGUCGUAGUAGGGGAGAAGCAGAAGGAGGCAGAGACACAGCAAGACACGCAGGAGUCCUCCACGUCUUCCUCAGUGAUACAACCGCCUGGUCAUCCUUUAUCCAUUACACUCCCGGACAAGUCGGUUGACGCGGACGUGAUCGUACCGCCCACUCCGUCGAAACUCCUCCCUCGCUCAGAGACGGAUGGGCUGACUUCGGGAGCCGUGCAGCCUCCCGGAUCGACUGGACACGACGUCACAAUAGAGCAUAUCCACACCCAUACACAUGCAAGUGACUCCGGCGAAGAAUCGGACGGCUCGUUCACAGAAGAAGAUGCGCUGAGGGAGAUUAUACAAGUGAACCUCGAGGCUGAGGAGCGGAUGCUUAUCCAAAAAGGAGGCGUCGGAGUGCCCUUUGAUUCUGAUGGGAUCCCAUGCCCUCUAUUACCACCCAUCGCUCCACAGUAUGUCGGGCGGAAAUGUCUUGUGCUGGAUCUAGACGAGACACUGGUACACAGCAGUCUCAAGCCUAUAGCGUCAUCAGACUAUAUCGUGCCAGUGGAGAUUGAGUCCUUUUGGCACAAUUUCUAUGUGCUCAAGCGGCCGGGCGUAGAUACGUUCUUGAAGAGGAUGGGCGAGGUUUACGAGGUGGUUGUGUUCACCGCGAGUCUAGCCAAGGUGCGUAUCGUUUUGUUCGCGCUCUCACCCCCGCUUGCCAUCUAUGCCGAUCCGGUCCUAGACAGACUUGAUCCCGACCGUGCGGUCGCGCAUCGACUGUUCCGCGAGAGCUGUUACAACCAUCGUGGCAACUACGUAAAGGAUUUGUCACAAUUAGGCCGGCCAGUAUCAGAAACGAUCAUCAUAGACAACUCGCCGGCGUCGUACAUCUUUCACCCGCACAACGCGGUACCAAUCUCGUCGUGGUUCAACGAUCCGCACGAUACAGAGUUGGCCGAUCUCUGUCCUUUCCUCGAGGACUUGGGCACUGCAUCGGGCGACAUGAGGGGCAUUCUCAACACCAUCAUAUAG